AUGAUAGGAAAAAUUUCUUUUGAUGAGCGUGUUAAAGUAUCAUAUCAAUGUAAGUCAGAUAUAUAAUUUAACGGGAAAUUAGAAUAAGUAAUAUUCGAGAAAAAUAAAGGGAAAGCACUAACUGAAUUUAAUCACAGUUGUAUGCUUUAGAUUUUUGAACAUUCAGAAAAACCGUAAGGAAAUGGUAAUUAAUAAUUUGAUGUAAUAUAUAAUUGCUAGGAAUAAUUUCAAUCAUUAAGAUAGAUUUUAGAACGAGGUGUAAAAAAAUAAGAUAAAAUAGAAUAUUUUUUUAAAUUAUUGGAAUUGGCAAACGAUCUUAAAUAAUAAAAGAUGAUUCAUUUCAAUAUUAAACCUUCAAAUGUUAUAUUAUAUAAGGAUAGAUUUUACCUAAUUGAUUUUGGAUUCUUAAAAGAUAAACCUGCCGAUUUAAUAAUUUGUAUAAACUACAUUUAAAUCAAAGAGCAUGAUGAUGAACAGAAAAGAAAUUUAUAUCCUUAUUUAAAUGAUUAAUUUUUGAAAUAUAUCAAAGAAAAUAAUGGAGUAAAGGAAACAUUAUAAAACAUGUCAAAAGGUGACAUCGAAAAUAAUGAUAGAUAUGCAUUAGGAGUUAUGAUGUUUGAGUUAUUUGUGCCAUUAAAAAACAUAUAUCAAAAUUUUGAAAUAGAAACUUGCGCAAAUUAAAGGAAAAUAUAAUUAGGAAAGAUUUAUGAUGACUAAGAAGUCAAUGAAAAUAUUAUUAUUGAAUAAAUAAAAAAUAUCAUUUAGGACAUUCUAUUUAAAUAUGAACUUCCAUCUGAUAAUGAAGUUAUUAAAUUAAAAAAGAAUUUUUUGGAAUAUCAAAAAGGCUUAUAACCUGAAGAAAAACUCAAGCGUUAAUAUAGUUAAAAUUUAUCAUUGGAUUUUAAAGAAGAAAGUGAAAUCAAUGAGUUGAUUUAAUCAGAUAUAACUCUCUAAGAAAAAAUGAACUCAGACAAUAAAAACUAUAUAUCAAGUCUUAGAGAGAACAAUAUAUUGUAAUUUGAUCCUAAUCUAUUAUAUUAUUUAAAUAAACAAGAUCUCCAAUCUUACUAUUGUCAAAUUCAAAAUUUAAAACUUGAAGAACUGAAAAAUAAAACAUAGAAGAUUUUGGCUUUCUAUCAUAUGUCUUAUUAUAAAAUGUCAUCUGAAGUGGAAUUCUCUAAUUUAGGUUAAGAGGAUUAAUAUUACAUAUUGAAUUCUAUUUUAACAGAUUAUAAAAUGUUCGAGUAUAAAAUUUAAGAUAAAAUUUAAUUCUUAAAUUCUAUUUGGCCAAAGGAAUUUAAGUUUAAUCAAAUUAAUCGGGAGUUAACAAAAAAAAAAUAGUAAAUAUAGAAUAUAGAAUAAACAUAGGUAAUAAAAAUAACAUAAAGAACAGAUCAAGCAGAAUAAAGCUUUAUAUAAAAAUUAUAAAACACAAUUCCAAAUAUUAUGCGCUUUUUGGAAUAUGAACAUCUAUUAAAGUAGAAACAAAACAUUUAAGAAUUAAUAUAUGAGUUUGAAUAAAUCACAGAGUAAAUUAUAGGGUUUUAUUCUGCAAAAUUGAAGAAUCAAAAUGUAGUUUGGACUAUAUUUGAGAAUAUAGAAAAAUGCAAUAAAUUAUUUAUUGGAAAUAGCUAAUUUAGCUCUUUCGAAUAAGUUGAAGGGAGAAUUAUUGAAGAAACUUAGCACCAAAUUAUAGAUUAUUAAACUGUAAAAUAUAACAUUGAAUAUGAUAAUCAUUUUGGUGACAAAGUGGAAAUAUAUAUUUAUAAUAAAUCCAGGUUUAAGUUGAUUUCAUUUUAUAACGGAGGACUAGAAGGCAACAAAUAUUAAGGAAAAGGUUUGAUUAAAGAUUGGAUAAAUAACUAUGAGUAUGAUGGAUACUGGAAGUAAGGCAAAAAGCAUGGAUAAAAAGGAACAUUAAAAAUACUAAAUAAAGAAGUCUUACUAAAAAAUGAAUUUUCAGAAUUGGAUGUAGAGUAUUCAGAUGAUUAUCUAAAAUAUGGAAUAACCCCUAAUUCAUAAAAAAAAUCAUAUGAGAUAAAAUAUUAUUUUUAAGAAGCUUUGAAAGUCUAUAAAUAUAAAAAUGAAUGCAAUGGUAAGUGCAAAGGUAAGUGUAACGGUAAGUGCAAUAAUUCAUAUCUUGUAUGGUAUGACUGUUCUAAAUUGUGUAACAUAUUAGGUAGAAAAUUCUCUGAUUAGCUUCGUACAAUCAAGAAUUCACUUAAAAAUUGUAAGAAAGCAGGUGAAAGGUUGAAGACUAAUUCAAAUUGAAUUAUAAAU